AUCAUGGCUUCAAAAAACUGGUCAGACAAGAUUGAAUAUAGUGUUGCAAUACGAAAGCAGGUCGAUUCAGUUAAUUUUUCCAAGUCGAGUCAGUCGGCAUAAGUUGAUCAACACAGUUAAUUGUUAUUUAUUCAUAUUCACACAAAGUGACAAGGUCGAUCAAACAACAAACGUUCAAUUGCUGUAUGUGAAAAGUUUAUUUACAGAGCUGGUCAGUCGAGUCUUCAUUAUCAUAUGUGUUCCGCUAUGACUCUGCUGCUGCUUCUCUUCCUCUUUGCCUUGGGAUUGGUAGUACCUUCAGUUAAUUCAAAACAGUUACCUCCCUAUAUUACACCAUGUAGAAAAAGCGAUCCAAAUCUAAACGAAUGUGCAAAACAACGAGGAAAUGAUGCGAUCCUAUUUUUGAUAAGAGGUGAUAAAGCUUACAAGAUACCCAGUUUUGAUCCAGCACAUAUUUCUCUUGUUGACGUAGAUCAAGGUGAACUGAAGUUCAAGUUGAAAGAUAUGCAUAUGACCGGUUUGAACACUACUCAAAUUCUGGAUGCUAAGUUAGAUUUCAAAAAUAAACACUUCUAUUUCAAAGUUUUCAUAGAUGAAACGAAAGUAGUUAGCAGGUAUGAAGUCAGUGGCAAAGUGGCAUCCAUCGCUAUAGAAGGAGAAGGACCUGCAGAAAUAAUUUCAACAAAUAUAACUGUCGAAUAUUUCUUCGAUUACGACCUUAUAACGAAGAAAGAUGGAAAGCAGUAUUUCAAUCUGGACACUUUGAAAUCUAAUCUCACAGCUCAUGUUGAAAAAACCCAUUACAACUUCGGAAACUUGUUCGGAGGUAACAAAUUAUUGGGUGAUAACUUCAAUAAAUUUUUGAACGAGAACACCCACGAACUAGAAGACUCUGCUGGAAAAUCGAAUAGAGAGAUAAUAAAUGCAAUAGUUUCAAGUGUUUUCCAGGGUAUUUUUAAAAAUGUGUCAUUUGACGAAAUGUUCUUGGAUUAGAUAAGAAUAGGUUUUUUGUAUUGUUGUUGAGUUGAAUAUUUCUCAGAAAUAUGAAACCUAUAUUAUCAAAUUUUGCUGAACUAUUGAAAUGAAAAUACAAUUUGUUGAUGAAGAUAUAUAAAGUUGAGUAGAGAAAUAAUUUUUUCAGGAAUGUUUGAAACAAAUCGAUAGAUAUAUUUUUGGUAUCAACGGUAUCGUUAUGUAUGGGAAUAGAUUCAUUCAUAUGUGACUGAAAAUUCUUUUUUUACUUUUAAAAUAUUGGAAAACUGU